AUGGGAAAGGCUGUAAAUCAAACAUCUGUCCAAGAAUUCAUACUUCUGGGAUUCUCCAACCACCCUGAAUUGCAAAUAUUUCUUUUCCUGAUCUUCUUCAUCAUUUACACAGUGGCUUUCAUGGGCAAUCUUCUCAUCCUUCUGGUCGUAAUCGCUGACAGCCGACUCCACACGCCCAUGUACUUCCUUUUAGGCAACCUGUCCUUCAUAGACAUUUGUUAUAUGUCUGGUACCGUUCCUCAGAUGUUGGCCAACUUCCUCCACGAAGCAAAGACCAUUUCCUAUUCUAGGUGCAUGGCUCAGAUUUUCACCCUCAUUUCUUGCGUGGGCUCUGAGUGUAUACUCUUAGCGGCUAUGGCUUACGACAGAUACGUAGCCAUAUGCCACCCACUGCUGUACAUGGUCAUUAUGAACAGGAGGGUCUGUCUCCAGAUGGUGGCUGCCUCUUGGUCGGGAGGCUUUCUUAACUCUCUCGUCCACACUCUUCUGACGUCUGCCUUGUCCUUCUGUGGUCCCCGUGAGAUCCGCCAUUUUAUGUGUGAUGUCCCUCCCCUUUUGGAAUUGUCCUGCACGGACACAGCUCUCAAUAACAUGGUGCUCCACACGGCCAGCGUGUUCAUUGGCAUCAGCCCCUGCUUGUUCAUAGUCAUUUCCUACAUCUUCAUAGCUUUCGCAGUCCUUCGGAUCCACUCCUCUGAGGGCAGACGCAAAGCCUUCUCCACCUGCACGUCUCACCUGACCGUGGUCAUCACGUUCUUCGGAACGGCUCUCUUCAAUUACAACCGAUCCAACGGAGGACACUCGUUGGACACGGACAUCCUGAUUUCCACUCUGUAUUGCAUCGUAACGCCCACGUUGAACCCCAUCAUUUACAGCCUGAGGAAUCAGGAAGUGAAGGAAGCUCUGAAGAAACUGGCAUGUAGAAAGCAGGCCAGGUUCUAGCAGAGAAGUCACUGAAAAGGGCUCCAAGCCCUGAGAUGCUGGCUUUCUACAAUCAGAGGAUUUUUGCCUUAUGGCAUAUUGAUCAGGAAAGUCAAGAUGCAGUACUUCCCCCCUCUCCAAAUGGAGUUUUCCAAGGGAACUGAUCUCUGUAGUCUGGAAAUGAGGUGUAAUUUCAACAGAUCUCCAGGUCUGACAUAGGAGAUACUAGGCAGGAAA